AUGCUGCCCAAUCUCUCCGGUCUGGUGUCAAUUGGCCUCCUGGCCAGCGGAGUCACCGCCGCCCCAUGCGUCAGGAAGGGUUUCGUGACCGUGGAAGGCACAAAGUUCAAGCUUGACGGCGAGGACUUCAACUUUGCGGGAAGCAACGCCUACUACUUCCCCUUCGACAACAACCAAGCUGAUGUCGAAGCUGGCUUGACCGCCGCCAAGGACGCUGGUCUGAAGGUUUUCCGCACCUGGGGCUUCAACGACAAGAACGCCACAUACAACCCCGAUGGCCUUCCGCAGUACGGCGGCGAGGGUGCCGGUGCAACCGAGAUCGUCUUCCAGAGAUGGUACGACAACGGGACUUCCGUCAUCAACAUCGAGGCUUUCGACAAGGUCGUCGAUGCUGCUGAGAACGUCGGCAUGAAAUUGAUCGUUGCCCUGACUAACAAUUGGGCCGACUAUGGUGGCAUGGAUGUCUACACGGUCAACCUAGGAGGAAAGUACCACGAUGACUUCUACCACGUCCCAAAGAUCAAGGACGCAUUCAAGCGAUACGUCAAGGAGAUGGUCACACGCUACAAGGACUCCCCCGCCAUCAUGGCGUGGGAGCUCGGCAACGAGCCUCGCUGCGGCGCCGACGGAGUUCGCAACCUGCCCAGAAGCGAUGACUGUACCCCGGAGCGACUUGGCGCCUGGAUCGAGGAGAUGAGCGCGUACGUCAAGAGCCUCGACAAGCACCACCUCGUGACAUGGGGCGGAGAGGGCGGCUUCAACAUUGAGUCGGACGACUGGGCCUACAACGGAGCCGACGGUAGCGACUUUGAUCACGAGCUCGCUCUGCCCAACAUCGACUUCGGCACGUUCCACUCCUACCCUGACUGGUGGAGCAAGACGGUCGAAUGGACAGAGCAAUGGAUCCGUGACCACGCUGCCUCGGGCCGCAAGGUCGGCAAGCCCGUUGUGCACGAGGAGUACGGGUGGUUGACGCCCGACAAGCGCCUCGAGUUCCUCGGCAUCGUCAAUGACACCCCACGCACGGAGGUGUUGGGCAAGUGGCAGGCUAUCUCGCUGGAGGAGGAGAUGCCCGAUAUGUACUGGCAGUAUGGCUACUCCAACUACUCCUACGGUCGUAACCACAACGAUGGUUUCACGAUCUACCUGGACGACGCGGAAGCCAAACCCCUGGUAUACGAACAUGCCGCGAAGGUCAAUGCAUUGUAG